AUGGCGGACUUCGGGCGGCUCUUGAUGACUGCCAUGGUCCCCCGUGCUGUCCGCUGCGACCCACCGCCUGAAGUCGAGAGCCGGAGGACCAACAGCUUGCUCCUGGAAGCGCGGCCUGUUCCCAGCUCCCAGGCGUCGGCACAGCGACUACCAGAGAUGGAAGAACUUUGGCCUGACCUUCCGCCGCGCCGCUGCUCCAUGCGGCAGAACUGGAGAAGAAGCGCCAGUCUUUGUCGCGUUGGAGCCGAGCUUGUGUCGGAGCGAGAAGUUGAAGUAGGUGUUCAUGACGAUGGCCAUCAAGAUACCUCAGAGAUGUCCUUCGCUCCACCCUUUGAGAUGAAGCCGGCGAAGUUGCGAAGUGAGCGCCUACCACUUGAAGAGUCAGGACAAAGUACUGGAAGCCUGACCAACGACAAGACAUGUUCAUUCCACGAGCCUAAACUAGGUGACAGUGAGGACAGGCAGUGGUUGCAGGCCAAAGAAGAGUCAGAGCCGCCUGCGUCACAUGCCUCGCCCGUGUCACGCUACCGAGAGGCAACGCCGUUUGCGGCCCGUAGCGUGACAAGACCGACACCAGCACGCGCACAACGGACGCCCCUUUCAGAGGAGGAUGCCUUGGCGAUAGUGCGCGACUGGGCUUCGAAGCAGAUUCCAGAGCUCAUGGCGGCUGCCGAGAGGCGGAGUCUUCUGAAAAACUUCCCGACGGCCAAGAAGAUUGCCGUUGUCCUCUUUGGGAAGCCGGACGAAGACUUCAGAGAUUGGGUGAAACAGAGGACGAGGUCUGAUUAUGAGGCUGCCAAAGAACAGCUGGAGCGCAGACGAAGCAGUGCCGAGGCUGCAGGUGAAGAACCACCGGUAGAUGAUUUGAAGGAGCCUCCCGAGGCUGACUUUCCCAGCAAGAUGGAGGUCUCAGACAAGGUCCUGGCGCAUGAGCUGAAGAAUUUCUCCUUGCCGGACAAAGCGGAAGGCUUUGACGAGAUCCGAUAUGAAUGGGCCGAUGAGGCAUCUCCGGGGGAAAUGGAGACGGAGAUCUCCGUGGUGAAAAGAAAAACACCAGUUGCAUUGCAACUGAUGAAUAAGUGA